UGCUAGUUAACUACUUGGAGUCGAGAAAAUUCUUUGCUAUGAAUACUUUCUAUUGCAAGAAAUUGCAAAGAAAGUGGACAUGGGCGAGUCCAGACGGCGAAACAAAGAAUGAAAUUGACCUUAUAUGUGCAGAUAAGAAACGCGUAGUUACAGACGUGACAGUCCUCAAAAAACUUAAAAUGAGUGACCAUCGCCUAGUGCGUAGUACGAUUUGCAUCAACACCAAGCUAGAAAGGAGAAAACUGGUAUCUAAACCAUUGGCUAACCUACAAAUCCCUACAGGAGUCCAUGAAGAGUUUGAGAGAAAGCUCAGCUUAACUCUCGCACGUUCAGAUGUUGACUACUUCGAAAAGAGCCUAGACUAUAAGUACAGUACAUUUAUUUCAAGUGUUACUAGUAGCGCCAAGGAGAUAUUUGGUCGGUUGGCUAAAGAUAAGGACAAACUCUCAUCUGAUACGCAUUUGCUUCUGAAACAGCGUGAACGUAUAUCUUCGAAGGAGUACAACUCCCAGGAGCACCGGAAGCUAAACAGGCAAAUAUCCAAGGCAGUAAGAAGGGAUAUUAGGAGAAGAAACACAGAAAGAAUCCAACGCUUGAUAGAAAAGCAUCGGGGCCCAAAGGUAUUUCAAAGAGCUACGGCUUGUGGUACUAGCCAGCUUAUCAAACUGGAAGACGAAGGCGGCCAUGUAGUAACGGACACUCCAGGGCUAUUAAAUGUGGUAGCCAAAUUCUAUGGGGAACUAUAUGAGUCACAAAAUACACAGAACUUACAGCAUGGUGCAGAGUGUUCACGUGCAACUCUGACAAAACAUUUCACCGAAGACAUUCCAGAUAUCAGCACCUAUGAAGUGAAGCAGGCUAUGAGACAACUUAAGCAAUACAAAGCUCCGGGAGAAGAUGGCAUUACCACGGAACUGCUUAAAGCAGGUGGACGCCCGAUACUAAAAGAACUGCGAUGGAUCUUUAACGAAGCCCUGUUCACCGGUGAAAUACCAGAAAAGUGGCAGAACAGCAUGGGCACAUUAUUUCACAAGAAAGGCGCCAAGACCAGUCUUAAAAAUUACCGCCCUAUUGCCCUCCUAAGCCAAGUGUACAAAGUAUUCUCAAGAAUUAUCACAUCGAGAAUAUCGCGAAGAUUAGACGAAUACCAGCCUAAGGAACAAGCAGGUUUCAGGAGCGGCUAUAGUACAGUAGAUCAUAUCUUCACCGUGAGGCAAGUGAUACAAAAAUCACUUGAGUACAAACUACCACUACACCUUGCCUUCGUGGAUUAUGAGAAGGCGUUCGAUACGGUGGAACAUUGGGUACAUCCAGCUGUUGAAGAACCUUUACCACUCAGCUACAAUGACAGUACAAAUUCAAGCCUCCAAAACAUCAAUACCACUUCGAAGAGGGGUGCGCCAAGGUGACGUUAUAUCUCCAAAGCUUUUCACAAAUGCUCUAGAAGAUGUAUUUAAACACUGUAGCUGGGACGGCAUGGGCAUAAAAAUAGAUGGAACGUAUUUAAACCACCUACGUUUUGCUGACGACAUCGUUCUACUCGCAGAGACACCUGAAGAUCUCGAACAAAUGCUCAAUGAUCUAAGCCAGGCAUCGAUGCAAGUUGGUCUAAAAAUGAAUAUGGAGAAAACGAAGUGGAUGAGCACUGCUAAAAACGCAACCAUAACAUUAGAAGGCAAAACGAUGGAGAGAGUAAGCGAGUACAUAUAUUUGGGCCAAAAAAUAACGCUUGAAGGUGACCCCCUGGAUGCUGAAAUUAGUAGGCGCAUUCA